AUGCCCUCGUUCAUCAGCCUCACCUUCCCCACUCCCUCGUCGGAGCUUCAUCCCAUCCCCAAUGCGGGGAUUGACACGGACUUCCUCAUCCGCUACGCCCGCACCCUAGAUGACUACGGCUUCACCCACACCCUUGUCCCCUACGACUCCUCAUCGUUCGACCCCUUCACCAUUGGUGCGACCAUCGCAUCCGUUACCAAGAACCUCAAGGUCAUCAUCGCCCUACGCCCGAACACCGUUCCCCCAACUGUCGCUGCCAAGGCACUCGCCACACUGGACCAGCUCAGUCACGGCCGAGUCGUGGUACAUUUGAUCGCAGGCGGCAGCGACGCUGAACAGGCGCGCGAGGGCGACUUUCUGUCGAAGGAAAAGAGAUACGCAAGACUGGAGGAUUACAUUCUCAUCCUCAGACGAGCAUGGGAAUCAGCCGACCCAUUCGACUGGGAUAGCGAGUUCUUCCGGUUCAAAGAGUUUACGAACCGUGUUCGACCAGUCCAGAAGACCAUCCCCGUCUCGGUUGGUGGGUCGUCGGAUGAGGCAUAUCGCAUCGGCGGAAAGCUGGCCGAUAUCUUCGGCCUGUGGGGAGAGCCUCUGAAGGAGACAAAGGAGCAGAUCGACCGCAUCUAUGCGGAAGCCGACAAGGCUGGAAGGGAUCCAACCGACCGGCCCAAGAUCUGGGUAUCGCUCCGACCGAUCGUCGCAGAGACGGACGAGCUAGCAUGGGCCAAGGCGCAUCGGACCCUAGAUGCCUUGAAGGCGAACGCCGCCGGAAAGAAGUUCGAGGCGCCACAGAAUGCUGGUUCGCAGCGCUUGCUGGACAUCGCGACGCGAGGCGAGGUGCAGGAUCGGGCGCUGUGGUAUCCUACUGUGACGGCGACGAAUGCGCGCGGUGCCUCGACGGCGCUGGUUGGGUCGAUUGAAACGGUUGCGCAGUCGCUGGCAGACUACGUCAAACUGGGUGCCGAGUUCAUUUCCAUUCGAGGAUACGACAACUAUAACGAUGCGGUGGAUUAUGGGAGGUAUAUCUUGCCGAGAAUCAAGGAGAUAUUGGCCGAGGAUGCUCAGCCCUAG